GAUUGUUCUACUAAAGAUGAAGUUCGUUCUUGUCUUCGUUACCCUCGCCUGUGUGAACUUUUGUUUCUGCCGUGGUGGAAUUGACGUUGCAAACCAAAAGGUAUGCACAACGCCAAGCAAUCCAAUCAACAUCAACAUCCACGCCGCCAAAGACAGAGACGGUGUUAAGGCUGAAAAGGGCGAGAAAGGUGACUCAGGAACGAAAGGUGAUAAGGGAGAUGCUGGGACAACUUCUUGCAGCUGUCCUUUGCAGGAUCCAAAGAAACCUUCCGCUCACCUUGAAGGUGCUAACCGGGGAGAUGUCAGUUAUAAAGUAAAUGAAGUCAUAAAAGACUGGACUUUGAAGGCUCCGUACAGCCAUCUUGCAGGCGGUAUGAAGUACCAUGACGGUAAAUUGACGGUGCCCAUCUCCGGACGUUACUACAUCUACGAACAAAUUUACUGUCGCGGGUAUAAGGGGAAACCCGUAAGAAUUUCCAUCCUUGUUAACAACAAAGUCGUCGCUAUGGUUCAUCCACCACACACGUUACGAAAUGCAGAAUUCACGCAUUCCACAGGCGGGGUGUUUAACCUAAAAGCUGGUGACGUCAUUACGGUGGCGCCCACACAUUGGGCUGGGAUAGCCUACAUGCAUACGUACCACAGUUUCUUUGGCGCAUUCUUGAUCUGAACCGAGCCAUGUUAAGGUUUCGUCCUGGAUACCUCCUUUGCAAAAAAAUAGUGAUUAGUGGGAGUUUGCUCCAUUGCUAUUAUACCAGUAUUUGGAUCGGUUCGUUGAAUGAUUUCUGGUUGUUCUCUAAGGGUGUAAAUUUAUGGUUUAAAGAAAAAUAAAGGAUUACAAAAGACGGACAAUCAAUUUAUUUUUUUUCCAUUAUAUACCGAGCAUCAAUUUAGAGAGCGAUCUAUAGUUAACCCUCUCCACAAUACUCUCUAUUUUUUCUUUCCUCGUAAUUUACCCGUCAAUGUCCCUGUCGUCCAACCAAAAACAUGGUCUACUAACCACGAAAACUAACCUGUGAGAGCUAGAGCAAAGCAUGCCUGCAGAAUUCCAAGCGCCAGACCACGAUUAGCCUACUAAAAGAGGAUUGGAGCAAAACUGAGAGCGAUUUGAUAUAAAUUCCUGCAUGUCGCUUC